UUAUAGCAUCAGGAGGCUCAGAAAAAUAGUAAGUGUCAAUCUGACAUAUCUUUCAAUGUGCAUCGAAUUUUUCGAAGUGCUUAAUUUUACUCUCUUUUACAACUCAUCACUGUAUCAUGCCCAUUAGAAAGAAACAUGACGAUAGCGUUCUCAAGCCAAAUAAAUAUCCGGACAUAAACGAUGUGAUAUCGACCGUGUUCGGUGAGAAUAUAACUGCGGCGCUCAAGGAGCUUGGACAAAGACGCGGAAAGUAUACCAAACAUCUCGAAAAGGAGACUGAAAAGACAAAGCUCAAGUCGGAGGAUGUGCGACCGGAAUAUCCUAAGAUUGCCAAAAAGAAAACGCCUCACGAAUCGCUCUAUAAUAUGGCCUUAUCUUUACCGACUACUCCAAACACGAAAUACUUGGAUCGCGCAAUUUGGAAAAAGUUGUCUUGUAAGGGUUUGGAGAAAGUGUACCAGGAAUGCUUUUGGAAACUUGUUGACGAGGUUCGGGAAGGAUUUGUAAAUGUUACCCAUCAAAUUGGUGUUGUUUGCGUUGUGAAACCUCCGAACGAUUCCAUUGAAGGCCAUCAAGAUAUUCCGCCAUACAAGCACGAUGGAAGAACACCCCUCUAUAGUAACUUUCUCAAAACGGUCGAGAAAUUAAACACCAGGUUAAUGAUAACUCAUCCUUUAAUGAGAAACAUUUUCAGAAUGUGCACACAGGAUUUGCCCGAAUGUCUGUUCACUCUGACAGCGUAUCGAGAUAGAACGUACGAUAUUUCGGAAUUGUAUCCUACAUUCGAUGAACAAAUUAAGAAAGCGCGGGAGGUCAUUCUUACGUGGUACAGGCACGUUGUCAAUUACGUUCAGAAACAUUCCAAGUUUUCCAAAAAGUUACAAAAGGUAAUUUACUCGUGCGGCACCAAGUUAAUGGGAACAUUUCUGACCAAAACUAUACGUACUACAAUUGAACACGUUAUCGAAGUAACAGAGUGUGGAGAAAACAUGCCAUUCAUAACCAUGGAUAUGCACUACGAUAAGAAAAUUGUUCUUCGACCAUCUCUUCCUAAAAUUUGUCAUUUGUACGUGCAACUUGUUGGGAAAAUAAUUUCGAUUGGGAAAGAUUUACCGUCAUUGGAGUCGUUGUGUUUCCCAGAGUUCGAAUCGGUUUCAAUUCCAAUUUUCGUAGGCUCUGACGUGAGUGAGUUUUACGAACGUCGCGUAAAGUAUAACAUUGUUGCGCUUUUCGCCCCCGUUAAUAUGUAUGUUAAGACCUUAAACGCGGAGUUUGCGUGCGUGUAUUUGGAACGGGAGAAGUGGAGUAGUGAAAUUUUGCCGGAUGACCAUAACGACGCCAGUCCUGUGGACUACAUCCGUUCGGGUAGUAUUUUUAGAAAGGAUUCGGUGAUUCCUUCGGAUUUUAGUGACUUUGCACGAUCGGGUAGCGAAAGCAAUAUGGUUGAACGGAUUCGCAGGCAGUCGAGCGUAUUUGUCAAACGUUUUUCUAUUGCGCCUGGUCAGGAGGCUUCCGGUGAUUUGGGUCACCUGUUUGAAGAAUUGGAGGAGGAAGACCAUGAUGAUUCUUUAAAAGAAGAGAUAUCCUUUGAGGAAGGUUACGCGAAAGUGGCAAUUUACCGCUCUUACCUGGAUAGAUUGGCAGUUAUGAUAGACAUUGAACAUUACUUAGUUGGUCAGUUGGUGCAAUCUUCUUGUAGGGAUGCCAUAUGUAACGCUAUCAAUGAUAUGAUAUACAAAGUCGCGCGGAAGUUGGUCAUCCAGCAUACUUGGCUGAAUGAAGACAUCUGCGAACAGUUCGAAAUGAUUAAACUGAGAGCACUUACUGUGCCACAAAGUUCCGAGGAAUUAAUGGAGCAAGGCGCUUAUAUGGUUUGGGCAGCAACCGACCAUCUUAACGAUCUGACUGAGAGGCUGCACCUUUCCGUUCAAGUCAUUUGUAAUCUAGCGGAAAUGAUAACUUUAACAUGGGAGCACAUGGAUUUGAAUUCCAAGACCAUGAAAUGGAUCCACGACAUCAAGCCAAUAAUCGAAAAAAACGCUUCCAUAUACGAAUCGGUCAAGUCUGAAUUUGAAGAUAGGCUGCAGAGAGCAAUUACGAAGCUACAUCGAGACAUCGAAAUCUAUUUCCCCUUGUUAGAUGCGUUGAACCAAAUGGACGACGCGGCCAAUAGCAGAUCGUACAUUUUGCAACUAGCGCCUUUGAUGGCCAAAGUUCGUGAUUUCGACAACCUUCUUGUUUGGAUUAACAAAGAAGAGCGAGUUUUUAAAGUCGCAUUAACGGCCUGUCCCGAUCUGAGAGCCAUUCAGGCACACUUGUAUCCGUUCUAUCGGCUCGUCAAGGUUUGCCUAACGAUAGUAAGAAAACAGGACGCGUGGAUGUAUGGCCCUUUUGAAUUUUUGAAUUUUUCCGAAGCCGAAGCCAUAAUGGAGGAUUGUUUCAAAGAACUCCAAAAAACGCAAAAAACUUACAAGUCUAAAAUCAAGCUCUCGAAUCAGGAGAACGUCUACUUAAAAUUUUCUGGUAGUGUCGAUGAUUUGGAUAUUCUGAAACAGCCCUCUCCAUUGAAGUUGUGUGCAAAAGCUCUUCAAAUGAUAAAAGACUUCAGGCCGAAUCUAAACAUGAUGAACAUCAUGUGCAACGACGCAAUGUUACAACGGCAUUGGGACGACAUGUCGGAUAUCGCCGGAUUUGAUAUAACACCAGAUGCCGGAACGACGCUGGCCAAAUUUAUGAAUCUGGGUAUAAUACACGAAAUCGACAAAUACGAGGUUAUCAGUAGUGGUGCCAUUAAAGAGCGACAACUUUUGCAGAACCUCAUUAAAAUGCAGGCCGAGUGGGACACCGUAAUGUUUAAAACUAGCGUUUUUAAAGAUACCGGAAUUAACAUUCUGACAGCUCUGGAUGACAUUCAAGCCAUUUUAGAUGAACAUAUAGUAAAAACGCUCACCAUGAGGGGAUCAGUUUUCGUUAAACCGUACGCGGCCCAAGUAGGUGCUUGGUACGAAAAGAUACUGCGCGUUAAUUCGACUUUAGACGAAUGGGCCAAGGUGCAGGCGCAGUGGCUAUACCUCCUCCCAAUUUUCUCGUCGAAAGACAUCGUUAGCCAAAUGCCAGAGGAGGGCCUAAUGUUCAAGGAGGUCGACGGCAUUUACCGACGCUAUUUGAAUCUCAUUGUGCGCGAGCCGAAAGUGAUCGAUAGCGCACCGCAACCUGGUCUUUUGGAGAACAUGCAACUCUGUACGAAAAUAUUGGACAAAAUUAACGAGGGAGUUACGGCGUACCUCGAGAAGAAAAGGGUGUAUUUCCCCCGUUUCUUUUUCUUGUCGAACGACGAAAUGCUCGAAAUAUUAUCCGAGACGAAAGAUCCGCUGCGCGUGCAACCUCACUUGAAGAAGUGCUUUGAGGGUAUUAAUUGCUUAGAAUUUGACCACGCACUCAAGAUCCAUGCAAUGUUCAGCGGGGAGGGUGAGAAGGUUCAUAUACUCGAAGUAAUCGAUACGGUGGCAGCGCGAGGUAGCGUCGAGAAGUGGUUGCUACAAGUCGAAGGUGAAAUGAUCGCCGCCGUUCAUGACCAAAUCUUUCAGAGUUGGACGGCUUACCAAGAGACGUACAGGACGGAGUGGGUGACACAUUGGCCGGGGCAGGUAAUUCUCGCGGUCUCGCAAAUAUUUUGGACUCUCGAUAUCCAUCAAGCACUAGGCGCACAGUCACAAUCUUCCUUUAAAGAUCUGCUGAAACAGCUCAAAAUCGAUCUGAAUGAGAUUGUCGCUUUAGUGCGGAGCACGACGAUAAGUAAUCUGACGAGGAUUACUAUUAAAGCUCUGAUUGUCAUCGAUGUACACGCAAAGGACGUUGCCGAAGAUUUGUAUGAUAAGAACGUGAAGAACGACAUGGAGUUUAAGUGGCUCGCGCAGUUGCGGUACUAUUGGGAGGAGCGCUGUAUGGUCAGGAUUAUAAACGCCACGGUGAAGUAUGCCAACGAAUAUUUGGGUAAUAGUGAUCGGCUUGUUAUCACGCCAUUGACGGAUAGAUGUUAUCGCACGCUUGUGGGUGCCUACUAUCUACACUUAAAUGGCGCACCUGAAGGUCCUGCUGGCACUGGUAAAACAGAAACGACAAAGGACUUGGCCAAAGCCUUAGCUGUGCAGUGCGUGGUCUUCAACUGUUCAGACGGCUUAGACUAUAAGGCCAUGGGGAAAUUCUUCAAGGGUCUUGCAGCUUCGGGGGCGUGGGCCUGCUUCGACGAGUUUAACCGAAUUGACGUUGAGGUGCUCUCUGUGGUCGCUCAACAAAUCCUUUGCAUUGUGCUAGCAGUUCGCGCGCACGCUGAGAAGUUCGUGUUCGAAGGAACAGAAUUAAAGUUGAAUCCCGGAUGUUACGUUUGCAUCACGAUGAACCCGGGGUAUGCCGGUCGAUCCGAACUGCCUGACAAUCUGAAGGUGUUAUUUCGCACCGUUGCAAUGAUGGUACCGGAUUACGCGAUGAUCGGCGAAAUUUCUCUGUAUUCCUACGGUUUCGUAGACGCGCGAACCCUCUCCGUGAAGAUCGUGACCGUUUAUCGACUAUGUUCUGAACAGUUAUCGUCUCAAAAUCACUACGAUUACGGAAUGAGAGCUGUGAAAUCUGUAUUAUCUGCUUGUGGCAACAAUAAGCGCAAGUACCCAGAUGAAAACGAAGAUAUCUUGCUCCUGAGGUCAAUCUUGGACAUUAACCUGGCCAAAUUCUUAGCCCAUGACGUUCCCUUAUUCGAGGGUAUCAUUUCCGAUUUGUUUCCUGGCGUUGUUUUACCAGAAGUAGAUUAUUCCUCGUUUGAAAACUGCAUACGGAUCGGUUGCGAAGCUCGCAACUUGCAAAUGAAGCACUGCGUUGUCCUGAAGAUCAUUCAAACGUACGAAAUGAUGAUCGUUCGCCAUGGCUUUAUGUUAGUGGGCGAACCAUUCGCGGGGAAAACAAUGACUCUGAAAGUGUUGGCCGAAGCCUUGAGUCUUCUAUCGCAACAAGGCGAAAAUCAAUUGCCCGUAAAGUAUCAGUUCAUUAACCCCAAAUCAAUUACGAUGGGACAAUUGUAUGGACAAUUCGAUCCAGUUUCUUACGAAUGGUUUGAUGGUGUUGUGGCUACGUGUUUUCGCAACUUUGUCAUGGACACGUCGCCGGAUAGGAAAUGGGUCAUAUUCGAUGGACCUGUUGAUGCAGUUUGGAUAGAGAAUAUGAAUACGGUACUGGAUGACAACAAAAAGUUGUGCUUGAUGUCUGGAGAGGUAAUGGCCAUGACUAAUGUAAUGUCGAUGAUCUUUGAAGUAAUGGACCUGUCUCAAGCAUCUCCGGCAACUGUGUCUCGUUGUGGAAUGAUCUACAUGGAACCGGCGACGUUGGGUUGGCGUCCCCAUGUGGAGUCUUGGCUUCCCACAUGCAGCACUGAGUGGACAUCUGGACGUGAGGAUUACAUUUUCGCAAUGUUUGACUGGGUGGUACCGCCGUCUUUAUACUUCAUCCGUAAGUUUUGUAGACAACUUUGUUCAGCCGGUGACGUCAAUUUGGUUAAAAAUAUGAUGCAAAUUAUGGAGAUGAUUUUAACUGAUGGAUGUCGGGAGUCGACAAGGAAAGAAGAGGAUUUUAAAUACAUGCAUAACUGGAUUCAAGGCGCUACAGUUGUGGGCAUGGCUUGGGGACUAGGUUCCAUCUUGGACACCUCAUCUAGAGAAAAAUUCGACGAGUUUUGUAAAACUCUUCUUCGAGGAGAAGACGAGGAAAAUCCAUAUCCACUGAUCAUAGACAAACUGGAAAUCCAACUACCGCACGACGGACAGUUGUUUGACUACUCCUUCAUUUUCCGGAGCAAAGGAUCGUGGAAAUAUUGGCCCGAUAUAGCGAAAGGGUUGAGAGUCGAAGAAGCUGCUAACAUCCAGCAAGCGUUAAUACCAACCGUGGAUACCGUCAAGUACAUGUCUAUGAUUGAGUUACAUCUAAAGUAUAAGUUGCCUGUCCUGCUAGUCGGUCCGACUGGAACGGGAAAAAGCUACUACAUGCAAGACUUGCUGAUGAACAAAUUAAACCAGGAGCAAUACGAACCCGCAUUUGUGACUUUCACUGUGAAGAUAUCCGCGAAUCAAACUCAAGACCUGAUUGUUUCGAAGUUAAAUAAAAGGAGGCGUGGUCACUAUGGACCUCCUGUUGGCAAGUUGUGCAUCAUAUUUGUAGAUGACAUGAAUAUGCCGGUUAAAGAAGUGUACGGGGCGCAACCACCCAUAGAGUUGCUAAGGCAGUAUUUCGACCACAAGAAUUGGUACGAUAUCAAAGACACCACCCCAUUAUAUCUACAUGAUAUCUUAAUAACCUGCGCCAUGGGACCUCCUGGCGGAAGUAGACAAGACGUGUACGCCAGAUUUCUGCGACAUUUCAGCAUUUUCUCCAUCAACGAAUUUUCCGAAGACACGAUGUCGAAGAUUUACUCAAACAUUCUUUUACUGGGAUGGAAGAACAACGGAUUCCCGAGUGAUAUAAUCAACGUUGUGCAGCAACUGGUAUACGCAACUUUAGACGUUUACAAAGCGGCGAUCAAAAACCUACUACCGACCCCUGCCAAAAGUCAUUAUAUAUUCAAUUUGAGAGAUUUUUCCAGAAUAGUAUGCGGGUGUGCGAUGUUACGAAAGGAGUCUGCUGACAACAAGACCAUAUUCCCCAAAGUUUGGACGCAUGAAGUGCUUCGCGUCAUAUACGAUCGACUAGUAGACGAUAACGACAAGAAUUGGCUUUUCAACAAAAUCAAGACCUCCGUCAAGUCCUUUUUUAAAGAACAUUUUGAACAAGUAUUCGAGAAUUUGAAAGACGAAAAUGGACAGAUCACAGAAGCGUGCUUGCAAAACUUGAUGUUUGGCACGUAUUUAGACACAGAGGCCAGCGAUGAAGAUGCAAAGUACGAAGAAGUCGUAACGGCCGAGUCCUUUUUAAAUGUUGCACGUGCAUCUCUAGAUGAGUAUAACUCCACUCAUAAAACGAAAAUGGAUAUAGUAUUGUUCAAAUACGCUCUGGAGCACUUGUCUAAAAUUUGUCGAAUCUUGGCAAUGCCCAGCGGUAGCGCCCUACUGGUUGGGGUUAGCGGAUCGGGACGACAGUCACUGACGAAAGUCGCCUGUACAAUCACCGGCCAUUCAUUUUUUCAACCAGAAAUCACAAAGAACUACGGAAUGAACGAGUGGCGGGAUGACCUUAAGAGAGUCGUCAAGGAAGCUGGGGGAAGGGGAAAGCAAACUAUCUUCCUAUUCACCGAGGGGCAAAUCAAGGAAGAAGGAUUUUUGCAAGACAUCGACGGUUUACUGAACGCCGGAGAGGUCCCAAAUAUAUUUCAAAUAGAAGAAAAGCAAGAAGUUAUGGAACUAUGUCGGCUCGCAGCUCAAGGGGGCAAUAGAAACUUGGACAUUAGCGCUUUGGCUGUGUUUUCCUACUUCAUCAAACGCACACGUGAAAAACUGCACAUGAUAUUGUGUUUUAGUCCCAUAGGUUCAUCAUUUCGAUUGCGACUUCGAUUAUAUCCCUCGCUAGUGAACUGCUGUACCAUUGACUGGUUCCAAGAUUGGCCCGAAGAUGCACUGGAAAUGGUCGCUCACAGUUGGAUGGGUGAUGUUAAUCUCGAUAACGCCGUCAAAAAUUCUGCAAUAAUCGCCUGCAAAUAUUUCCACGUGUCUGCUAGAAGAAUUUCUAACGCGUUUUUCACGGAAACCUCUCGAAAGUCCUACAUCACGUCGGCAUCCUAUUUGGAACUGAUUAAGAUAUUUACAGAGCUGACCAAUAAAAAGCAGAAGGAUCUACUGCUCGCCAAAAGUCGGUAUGUGGUCGGUUUAGAAAAACUGCAGUUCGCUGCGGAACAAAUUUUCGAAAUGCAAGUGGAUUUGGAAGCCUUGCAACCCGAACUGAAGGUGAUGAGCGGGAAGGCUACCCAAAUGAUGGAGCAGAUCGCUAAGGAAACCAUAGAAGUCGAACGUGCCUCGGCGCUUGUCAGAAAGGACGAAGAAGUGGCAAACGCGCAAGCCGCCGAAGCUCAAGCUUUGAAAGCGGAAUGUGAAGCCGAUUUGGCAUUAGCGAUUCCGAUAUUGGAGGAAGCCACAGCUGCACUAAACACCUUGAAACCUGCAGACAUAACCUUAGUUAAAGCAAUGAAGAAUCCCCCAGAGCCCGUCAAGUUAGUAAUGGCGGGUGUCUGUGUUAUUAAAGAUAUAAAACCAGACCGACUACCCGAUCCAGCGACGGGUAAAAAAAUUUUAGACUACUGGGGGCCGAGCAAACGAGUUUUGGGCGACAUGAACUUUCUUCAAUCUUUAAAAGAUUUCGAUAAGGAUAACAUAAGGGUGGACAUUAUGGCGCAAAUUCGUAAAGAAUAUUUACCUCACAAGGACUUCAAGCCUGAAAUUGUAGCUAAAGCUUCAAGUGCCGCGGAAGGUCUUUGUAAAUGGAUUAUAGCGAUGGAUAUGUACGAUAAGGUUAUCAAGGUAGUAGCCCCUAAGAAGGCCAAAUUGAAUAAAGCCGAGGAAGACUAUUCUGCAACUAUGGCAAUUUUAAUGGAGAAGAAAUCUCAAGUUGCAAAGUUGGAGGAGAAGUUGGCCAAUUUGAACGAACUGCUCGAGGAAGCUUCGGCUAAAAAACAGGAGUUGCAGGAUCGCGUAGAUUUGUGCGGCAAUAAAUUAGUACGUGCCAAUCAGCUAAUUGGUGGUCUGGGAGGUGAAAAAACCCGAUGGACGCUCGCCGCAAACGGAUUGCAGAACUUGUACGAUUGCUUAGCGGGCGACAUUCUCUUAUCAUGUGGAAUGAUCGCCUACCUCUCUCCGUUUACGAUGCAAUGGCGACUUGACGCACUGGAAGACUGGUCAAAGUUCGUCCGAAGUAUGAGCAUCCCAUCUUCCCCAACCUACGAUUUCGCCGCAACUUUGGGAAGCGAAAUUAAAAUUCAAGAUUGGUACAUCGCCGGAUUACCUCGCGACGCGUUUUCAACGGGCAACGCCAUCAUUCAAGACAACUCGAAGCGUUGGUCUUUGCUAAUAGAUCCGCAAUCGCAGGCGAACCUGUGGAUCAAAAAGAUGGAAAAGAAAAACGACAUUCGCGUAACCAAGUUUUCCGAUGGUAAUUAUAUGAAGGUUUUAGAAUAUUGCGUGGAAUUUGGAAAACCGGCGCUGGUCGAAAAUAUUCGCGAGGAUCUCGAGGCGCCUUUAGAUCCGCUACUGUAUAAAUCAUAUUUCAAACAAGCUGGAAUGAUGGUGAUCGCACUCGGUGAGAAUAUCAUCCAAUACCAUAAGAAUUUUAAACUGUACUUGACCAGCAAAAUGAGGAACCCCCAUUACCUCCCGGAGGUGUUUAACAAGGUGACGAUUAUCAAUUUUGCCCUUACCAUCGCUGGGUUGGAAGAUCAGUUAUUGGGAAUUGUGGUGGCGAAGGAGCGGCCCGAUUUGCAGAGAAAGCGAGAGGAACUUAUAAUUGAGAGUGCCGAAAAUAAAACUGCUUUGGCAAAUAUUGAAGAAAUGAUUCUGAGAACGCUGUCUGAAUCUCAAGGUGAUAUUCUCGAGGAUGAGAGUGCUAUUCGAAUCUUAGACCAAUCGAAGGCGAUAUCAAUUGACAUCAUGAACAAGCAGGUCAUAGCUAAAGAAACCGAAGAAAAGAUCGAGCUCUUUCGUUUGGAUUAUAAACCCGUGGCUACCCACUCCGCUGGUUUGUACUAUUGCAUUUCGGAUCUCCCUAACAUUGACCCUAUGUACCAGUACUCCUUGGGGUGGUUUAUCAAUUUAUACGUUAGCUCGAUCGACACGGCCAGUAAAUCGCGCGAGCUGAAUAAACGUAUAGGGUACUUGCAAGAUAAUUUUACUUACAACCUCUACGCGAACGUUUGCCGGUCUCUCUUUGAAAAGGACAAAUUAAUGUUCUCCUUUUUGCUUUGCGUGAAGAUUAUGCUGUCAAAAAACAAAAUAGAUGAAAGGGAGUAUACUUUUUUGAUUACCGGGGGCAUAGACGUCGACAAUCCUAUUCCCAAUCCAUCGUCUGGAUGGCUUAGCGCCAAGUCUUGGGGGGAAAUUUGUCGCUUGGACAGUGUGACGACCUUUGGAGGUUUUCAAAAAUCGUUUGCUCAAAAUUUAUCUGCUUGGCAAGCGCUGUACGAUUUGGUCGAACCACAAAACUCGCCGCUACCUGCGCCCUGGGAUACGAAGUUGACAUCCUUCCAAAAACUUCUAGUAAUCCGCACGCUUAGACCCGAUAAAGUAACGGUGAGUAUUUCGAAGUACGUGUGCGAAGAGAUGGGUACAAAAUUCAUAAUUCCUCCGCCUUUCGAUAUUGCAAAGUCUUUUGAAGAGUCCAGCUGCGUUUGUCCCCUCGUGUUUAUACUAUCCGCCGGAACGGAUCCGAUGGCCGCACUACAGAAAUUUGCCGAAGUGAAGGGUUACUCCGAUAAGCUUAGGUGCAUAUCUCUGGGCCAAGGUCAAGGGCCUAUAGCGCAGGCUUUGGUAGAACAAGGACAGGAUGAGGGAUCUUGGGUAUGUUUGCAAAAUUGCCAUCUCGCCGUGUCCUGGAUGGUACCUUUGGAGAAACUGUGGGAGGGCUUAGAUUUUGCUAAUACACAUAACCACUUCCGUUUGUGGUUAACCAGUUACCCGUCCGACAAGUUUCCGGUUACUAUUCUUCAAAAUGGCGUCAAAAUGACGAACGAACCGCCAACAGGAUUGCAACAGAAUUUGCUGAGGUCCUAUAUUAACGACCCGCUAAAGAAUGAAGCGUUUUACACUGGGUGUCCAGGACGAGAGCUAAUGUUCGCUAGAUUGCUUUACGGCAUUGCGUUUUUCCACGCCGUCAUUCAAGAACGAAGGAGCUUCGGGCCCUUGGGUUGGAAUAUACCGUACGGUUUUAAUGAAUCUGAUUUCGAUAUAUCGGUGCAGCAGCUUCGAAUGUUUAUUAACGAGUAUCAAGAUGAUCCCUACGAGGGAGUUUGUUAUUUAACCGGCGAAUGCAACUACGGAGGAAGGGUAACGGACGACUGGGAUCGUCGCCUGAUUGUGACAUUGCUGCAGCAUUACCUAAAUCCCAGAGUCGUGCUGGAUCCGAAUUACUCAUUUUCGGAUGUUGCCAGCUACUACACCAUUCCGAAGAAACCCGAUUACGACGUGUACAUAGCGCACAUCACUUCACUGCCACAAUUUCAUCCGCCUGAAGUGUAUGGGUUACAUAGCAACGCGGGCAUAACACGCGAUUUACAGAUCUCGUAUUCUCUACUGAACGCCAUGAUCUUGCUGCAAGGAGAAGGGACGUCGGGGAGCGGCGACGAGGAUGUUUUUCUAAAUUUGGUUACGUCCGACAUUCUCUCCAAGUUGCCUAAUAAUUUUGACCUGGAAGCAGCAAAGCAUAAAUAUCCUGUGAUGUACGGAGAGUCGAUGAACACCGUCUUGGUGCAAGAAAUGGAACGUUUCACCAAAUUACAGAACGAAAUCCGUAGCUCAUUGCAAAACAUACAGAAGGCGAUAAAAGGCCUUAUCGUGAUGACUCCCGCACUCGACAUGUUGCAAAGCUCUCUACUUUUGGGACGUAUACCCGCAGCUUGGGCCAAAGUCUCGUAUCCCAGCUUGAAAUCGCUUCCCAAUUACAUAUCCGACUUUGUGGAUCGCAUCAACUUCCUCGACAACUGGUUUAAGCACGGCAAACCGCAAAACUUCUGGCUAUCGGGUUUCUUCUUUACUCAAGCGUUCCUAACGGGCGCGAAGCAAAACUACGCCCGAAAGUACGCCAUACCCAUAGAUCAAUUAACUUUUGAUUUUGAGGUUUUCAAAGUGACGAGCACGGAUCACGCUCCUAGCGAUGGAAUUUACGUUUACGGUUUGUACACCGACGGCGCCAGGUGGAAUGUCGAAAAGGGCGUGUUAGCAGAACUGUAUCCAAAAAUUUUGUACGAUAGUAUGCCGCUGAUUUGGUUAAUCCCCAUUAACGUAGCGCAGUACGUCGAAUCGGGUAGAUAUAAGUGUCCACUUUAUAAGACGUCUGAAAGAAGGGGGGUACUUUCUACGACUGGACAUUCCACUAAUUACGUGUUACCGUUUCUUCUGAAUACUGAUAAGCACCCUUCUCAUUGGAUUAAGCGGAGUGUUGCUUUGUUGUGCCAACUUAAUUGACGCACUCAUUUUUCUAGUUGUACACGGUUUUAGUAUGUAUUAUCUAUUUACACCUGUAUUUGAAGUAAUAUAUAAAUAUUUCUUUGUUUAUGCCAAUUUCCGUGAAGCGCGAUUUCCUUAGAUGAUUAAAUCUCGUGGAAAUGUAGGCCAAACGCAAAAGAGCGAAAAAAUGAUUGAUCCGGUUUUGAAGGACCAACUUGUAGUUGGAGUAGGCAUCGUGUGAGCCGAAAAUUUUUUUGUUAAUUUUUGUAGAUGGUUUUUUUACAAAAACAAAUAGAAAUUGAAAAGUCGAGUUGUUGGGGCAGUUUUCUGAAAGCUUCAACUGUAGUUCAUAGAAGAAGAAUAGAAUGAAAAAAGUAAUAUGAGCGUUAUGAGCUCGCACAUACUAUAUUAU